GAGAAUGAGAAUGAGAGCGCAGAAUUUGCGAACGGGGAAAUUCGAAGAUCAGUUAACUGUCGACUUCACUGUGACUGACUGAACUCGGCUGCACCGUCACUGCGUUAUUAUGUGAACUAUGCGAGGGGCAGAUGUUGGUAUCUUGGGCAAAGCUCUCGGAUAUGAGAUGAGCGGAUUAGGAGUAUCGGAGUGGCGCUUAUUCGAGACAGCGUAGUAACACUAACUGCCUACCAGCGGCAUUCACCCCCGCGCCGGCUUCACUCCAGCAUCAAGGCGUGCAAUCUGGACCCAUUAGCAUCGAAGCAUUAAAGCAUUAAAGCUAACUAGGAGCCUGCACAUUUGAUUACUACAUCGGAUGUGGAUAUUGCUGCAUGACCGCAGUUAACUGCGUGGUGCCAAUGCUUCAUAAACCCACCUCGUUGUGCGAUCACUGUGGUGAAUUAGGGUCUUUGUAACAUGGCCGUUUCUAACUGAGGCUUUUCCAACUGUUUUUGUUUCCGGUGUGGUAAGAAAAAAAAUGCUUAAAGGGGAUACCACUGGCGUUGCGUGACCCAGAUACUCGCCGGUUUAACCCUUCGUUGCGCCUUUCUCUACCUGGACCUACUCCCGACAAAUCCAUGGAAGUUACAACGUGCGCACUGAACUUGCGUUAAAGUGGAAGCUGGGAUUAUUCUUCGCAGGACGGGGGACGAUGCAGCCGGGGAUGCGGACACUGUGUGCGGGCGGAGGCGCCUCUCUCUGCUGCCUGCUCUUGCUGUGGCUCAUUUACACUCACCUCCUUAAAGAAGGUCAGCUGGCAGUGGGCACUUGUGAAAUUGUGAUGCAGAACAGAGACAGCAGUCAACCCAAACGCACCAUCGCCAGGCAAACAGCCCGAUGUGCCUGCCGGAGAGGCCAGAUCGCGGGCACCACACGAGCCCGGCCAGCCUGCGUGGAUGCACGGAUCGUGAAGAACAGGCAGUGGUGUGAGAUGACCCCAUGCUCUGAGGGCGAGAUCUGUGGACUGCUGUUCAACCAUUCAGGCUGGACCUGCACCAAAGGAGGAGGGAGAAUCAAAACUGUCACGCCUCUGCCCAAGGAACCAUCUUAAAGGACAUCAGCAGAGAAGAGGUCUAUUGACAUUCAUGGGAACAUCACAGACCAGAAGUCAUUCAUCAGACCAGCACAUUGUAUCCAUCCUCUCACCCUGGAGCUAAAACAACUCACGCGCCCACCACCCUGCUGACCUACCCAGCGACACCAUCGGCUAACUCCUCCCCCUUUCCAGCGACACCACUGGCUGACUCCUCCCCCUUUCCAGUGACACCACCGGCUGACUCCUCCCCCUUUCCAGCAGAUGUCACUGCAGUCACACACAGCCAAGCAUCUCUGGGGUCACUGGAUCUCCACCCCCGACUGCUCAGUUUAUGACAAGACCGAAAUCUCUGGAAGAUGAUCUUUAAAAACCCAAACAUCUGAGCAGCUUUGGAGUUUAGCGUUCUUAUGAAGCCUACAGCAGGUGGGAGCAUGCCGUUUCAGGUUCAGGCAUACUCUAAAGACACGGAACAAGCUGUUGACACUCAGCAGACAUCAGGCACGGAUUAUAGGAGCAGGACAGAGGCGCCUUUAGGAUUAUGAAAUGGAGACUAGCAGAGUUUGGAUCGCUCCGGCAACCUGGAUGAGAAAGUCUUUCAGAACAUGUGAUAGCUGUCCCAUCUUGCUGUCUUCACCCCAUCUUACCUUAGAGACAGAAAGCAUUUUGGCCCUCAGUGGUUCUGCUAAUGUGACUCUCAUAAGGGUAAACAUAUCAGCCUGUCUUUGUGAUGAAUGCAGACAUUAAACACCAAGUAAAAAUGACUGGGCCCUGAUCGCUGUUGCCAUGUCUGCAGUGUGCUCUAUCUGGCCUCUCUCCUGAUUUUUGAACAUAGGAACACUUUGACACACCUCUCUCGUGCUUUUGAGCACAAGAGGCACUGUCCGCCUGUCUCCUGCUCUCCCGGGUUCCCCUGAUUGUUGCCUUUGAGUGUCUCCAUAGGACGCAGUGUUUCGCUUCUAUGAAUCUUCUGUUUUGACUGUGAGUUGACGUGCGGUGACACCUGGGAGGACGCCCUGAGAUAGGACGCGAAAUGAAGGGCAGGUGUGUGCACACACAUUACACGCAUGCACUGUUACGGGGCCGGGGAUGAUGGGGUCAGAUUGCAUCAGCGUUCUAUUGUCUGAACACCUCUCAUUAUGUAGAUUUCUGUGUCUCCAGUGUGCAAGGAGCAAAAAACAUAUUUGCCCUGUACUUAUGUUACUUUAUUGUUUGGUUGAUGGCCAGGAAAAAGGAUAAGACUCAAACUGAGGUGCUGCAUUUAAAAGCAAAUCGCACAGCGGAUGUAAGGACUAUGUGUGGACUAACAAGCAUAGAUAAAAGGCAAAAAGAAAAUGGCCACUUUGGUGAGCAGUAGGCUAGUAAUUUAUCAGUCUGGAGGGGUAGGCAGAGCUCCCUCAGUUGUGAAUUUUAAUGGUGUUUUAUGGUUCCUAAUAAAGUCUGUUAUGCUUCUG